GCACCUCCGCCAUCGCCCUCACCACUCGCAUCCCUGUGGUACUCUCUUCUCGAAUCACUCGCUCAAUAGCACAGCAUCUGGAGUGCAGGCCUGCCAGCGUGAUCGCGUGCCAUGGGUAACCAGCAAUCCAGCGCUGGAGGCGGCGGACCUCCGGGCGACGACAAGAGCAAAAAGGAAAAGAAGGAUAAGCCAAAGUACGAGCCUCCACCACAGCCCACCACGCGCAUCGGCAGGAAGAAGAAGAGGGCUGCAGGACCGAGCGCCGCCGCAAAGCUUCCAAUCGUCUACCCGACCGCACGAUGCAAGCUACGAUACCUGCGCAUGCAGCGCAUUCACGACCAUCUGCUGCUCGAAGAAGAGUACGUUGAGAACCAGGAGCGGUUACGGAAGGCAAGGGCUGUGAAAGAAGGCAACGCACCAGCCCCCUCUGGCGGAGAGGAUGCCCUUGACCGCAAUGCGGACGAGAGGUCGCGGGUCGAUGACAUGCGAGGCAGUCCCAUGGGAGUCGGCAAUUUAGAGGAGCUCAUCGACGACGACCACGCCAUCGUUUCCAGCGCUACGGGUCCCGAAUACUACGUUUCCAUCAUGUCUUUCGUCGACAAGGAUCUCUUAGAGCCGGGGGCAAGCAUUCUCCUGCACCAUAAGUCGGUGUCGGUAGUUGGCGUACUCACAGACGACGCGGAUCCGCUGGUGUCCGUCAUGAAACUAGACAAAGCACCUACGGAGUCGUACGCGGAUAUUGGUGGUUUGGAACAGCAGAUACAAGAAGUACGCGAGGCUGUUGAGCUUCCUCUGUUGCACCCGGAAUUAUACGAGGAGAUGGGUAUCAAGCCGCCGAAAGGUGUCAUUCUCUACGGUGCUCCAGGUACCGGAAAAACGCUGUUGGCCAAGGCUGUGGCCAACCAGACCAGCGCCACCUUCUUGCGCAUUGUGGGAAGUGAGCUGAUCCAGAAGUACCUUGGAGACGGGCCUAGGCUAGUGCGACAGCUCUUCCAAACUGCGGCUGAGAAUGCGCCUUCGAUCGUGUUCAUCGACGAGAUCGACGCAAUUGGUACGAAGCGAUACGAGUCGACAUCCGGUGGUGAACGUGAAAUCCAGCGAACCAUGUUGGAACUCCUCAAUCAACUCGACGGUUUCGAUGAUCGCGGAGAUGUCAAGGUCAUUAUGGCUACGAACAAGAUUGAGACUCUUGACCCUGCGUUGAUUCGACCUGGUCGUAUUGACCGAAAGAUUCUCUUUGAGAACCCUGACCAAACGACAAAGAAGAAGAUCUUCACCCUCCACACCUCCAAGAUGUCCCUUAACGAGGAUGUCGAUCUCGACGAGUUCAUCAACCAAAAGGACGACCUCUCCGGUGCUGAUAUCAAGGCAAUUUGCUCCGAAGCCGGUCUCAUGGCGCUCCGCGAGCGCCGAAUGCGGGUCAAUAUGGAAGACUUCCGCACCGCAAGAGAGCGAGUGCUGAAGACCAAGACCGAGGGUGAGCCUGAGGGCCUGUACUUGUAAGCGCAAAGAGAGGUACAUCUAGCUUCUGGCAGCAUAUUCAAGACUCAAGUAUUCGAUGAGUGUAUCAGUAGAAACGAACAGCUUCUUGCCAUGGUAGGCUCCUAAUCUUCAUCCCAAUUGAGAUUAUAUUUUGAUUCUCAUUCUUCGCUCGUCGCCUAACAUGGGCGAUGCGCUCAUUCUCAAAUAGGGUGCAUCGCGGCCUUCCUCGUUGCCCUACCCUACGCUGUGCCCCGCUCAUAACACGUCUCUAUUAACACAAACUUAUUUUUCACAAUUUUUCAUCUUCACUUUUCUUUUCAAUAU